AGGACGGAACUGUGACCCGGAAGUGCUUCUGCUCGGCACCAAACAAGAGGAUGUGCAGUUAGCCAGUUCAGUUAGCCGCCAGCUAUCCAACUCGGGAAGUUGCAAUAUUAAUUGUUGACAGCUGAAUGUGGGAAGAGACGAUGCCGGGGUUCGGACGUUUGCAAGUGAACCUCAACGUGGCGGGAAUUCCUCAUUUGUGAACGUUGAGAGAGAGAAUAGCCGAAGCUACUUUAGCUUAGCUUUGGCUAACGUUGUGGAGGCCAGGGGGCUGUAACGUCUCUGUUUAGGUAACGUGGAUGUUUGGCAGCGAGCUGAACUGGUACCGACAGACAGACAGAGAGAGAGAGAGAGAGACAUUUAUUGAAUCAACAGCCGCAGUUUGGGGCUUGUGAUUUAAAGUCCGUGUUGAAGUAUCAGUGGAGGUUGGUUUUGAUGGUUUUUAGCUGAGCGGUAGAUUAGCCGAAGAGAAAAGUGCAGUCAUGGACGAUUUUAGCUCGAUCAGCCUGCUGUCUCUGGCGAUGUUAGUGGGCUGUUAUGUGGCCGGGACGAUACCGUUAGCAGUUAACUUCUCAGAGGAAAAGCUGAAGCUGAUCACGGUGCUGGGAGCAGGGCUGCUGUGUGGGACUGCACUGGCUGUUAUCAUUCCUGAGGGGGUCCACGCACUUUAUGAAGAAAUCCUUGAAGGUGGACACCAAAGCCAUGGCCAGGUUGGAGUCGUGGAAGCGUCCGAGGCAAAGGGUGACGCAGAAGCAGUCCUGAGUGCCGGCGGGAAACAUGAGCACAGUCACGAGCAGCUUCACGCCUGCAUCGGCGUGUCUCUGGUCCUGGGCUUCGUCUUUAUGCUGCUGGUGGACCAGAUAGGCAGUUCCCAUGUGCACAGCACUGAAGAUCCAGAGUCCGCAAGGGUCACCUCUUCAAAAAUCACCACCACCCUGGGUCUCGUGGUCCACGCUGCAGCUGAUGGGGUGGCACUAGGAGCUGCUGCCUCUACCUCUCAGACCAGCGUUCAGCUCAUUGUCUUUGUAGCUAUCAUGCUGCACAAGGCCCCAGCAGCGUUCGGCCUGGUAUCGUUCCUGAUGCAUGCUGGUCUUGAGAGGAACCGCAUCCGCAAACAUCUUCUGGUCUUCGCCCUGGCAGCACCCGUCCUCGCCAUGCUCACCUUUUUAGGCCUCAGUCAGAGCAGCAAGGAGGCCCUGUCAGACAUCAACGCCACCGGUGUCGCCAUGCUCUUCUCUGCUGGCACCUUCCUCUACGUGGCCACCGUUCACGUCCUCCCUGAGGUCGGCGGUGGCGGCCACAGCCACGCUCCUGCCGGAGGGAACGGAAGCAAGGGACUGAGCAAGGUGGAGGUGGGAGCUCUGGUGCUGGGUUGCCUCAUUCCUCUGGUGCUGUCCGUCGGUCACCACCAUUAGACACAGAGCUCAGGGCGAAUUUCAGACGGGUGUACAGUGGAGAGAAGCGGAAACAAAGACUUCAAAGAUUGUGGGAUCUAAAUGUCUUAUUGCUUGUUGUCUCCUGACGGACCUCGUGGACCAGACCGGUGCUCGUUGCGGGGACAUCUUAAGACUUGAAACUGACCUUGAAGCAGGGAAUGAAUGAUGUUAGGAGUAUCAGAGUUGCUGCAGUGACAACCAAGGCACGCGACGAUGCUGACACUGAGGGCAAAACAUCUUGCAGCUACUGUAUGUGUCCAUUUAUUCCAUCAGAAAUCUUUUUCUUUUUUUAAGAGAGGCCGGAUUUGGGCCCUUUAGCUCUGUUUAUUUACAUCACCAUGGAGUUUUCAGUGUUGCAUUAUCGUGCUAGUGCAAAGUCAAAGAACCUACUUUGAUUUCAUUACGGAAAUGUUUUACUAGAUGGCAGUUGCACAGUGAGAUUUAGAUGGAUUUAAACCUGUGAUAUCAAGAAAGAAAACUUUUUUUUUUUUUUUUUUUUUUAAAUAAGUACAGAUUGUAAAUCUCUUAGCAACAAUCCAGAUUGGUUUAAACUCAUUUUCAAGUGCCAUAUUAGCAAGUUGGAGCAGAUAACUGAAGAGAGAUUACAGUUCGUAGAAAGCGUCCCUGUCCUAUUUCCUUACCAAGAUCUUUUCUUGCAGCCAGCCGUGAAGCGGGAUGAGAGAUGAGUCCGAAUAACCAGCUAGAUGCUUGUGACAGUUUUUUGUCUUUGGCUAGUGAGUUUUAUCUACUAAGUGGAGGUUUGUCCUGUUAGAAAAGUUGUGAUGAGCAGUUUCUUGACCUGAUUGGAAGCCUUUCUAUGAUGAAUACUGAUGGUGUGUCUCUCUUGUAAAACCACACAUAAAGGUUCAUCGAUUAAUCUGCUCAAACUCGAUUCCAGUGUUUAAGGAAAAGACACAACCAGCCUUGAUGUAUCACAACAUAAAGUGGUCACUUUUAUUUUAUCUGUUUAGUUUCUGGAUGUGUGUAUAUCUGUUCUGUUCUACUUGGAGAGUAAUUAUAAAUAGAGGAUGGAGGAAAAAUCUGUAUAGAAUUGUCUUAAGUGAUUGUUUAGAGUGUUAUUAAGCUUCUUUGUAGGUGGGGGGGUCAUUUCAACAGCUCCGUGUGAAUGAGAGAUUUGUCUCGCAGGGGGCAUGAACUGGAUGAAAACGUUUAGGGACCAUCGGCUCAGGAGAACAGACAAAUUGCAGAUCUUGUGAGCAAGAAUUUUUUUUUUUUUUAAAGCUUUUUAGUUGCUUUACCCUUCAUUAAUUAAUCAUACCUGAGCAAUAAUCAUACACAUUAAAUUGGGGCAAAGUCACUUCUUUCUCAGGAGUGCAGCAGAGUCUGAAAUGAGGGUUUACCUUCAUCUUCAAAGCGCUUGUUAUGUAUUGCACAUAUCAAGAUAUGUCGGCUCUUGAACACCCCCCCGUCUCUGCCUCAGUACCAUUAAAGCAGUAACCGGCUGAUGCAUUAAAAUGUAAGUAGGUUGCUCCCCCUUCAAUCAGGACACAUGGAUAUCGUGAGUGUUACUGUAUCACUGUGCCUGCCCACAGCAGAGCUCAUGUAUAUGUAUGUAAGUUUGUACGUGUACUGUACAGAGUAACUAUUUCCUGCCACGUCGUCAUCAUGAUCUCCCGUGUGAGAUGGAACUGCUAACUCACAAAUACAUCUUGUUAUUUUUUAAUUUUAUUUGGACCUUUGGACACGGAUGGACUGUUCUUUGCAGUAAUGUCACAAGAGGCUACAGACUGUCUGAUGAGGUCUCUGUUUUAUGUAUCAGUUGAAAGGUUUUACACACAAAACUUGUCAAUUAAUUCCAAGUUCCAUGAUGAGAAGAAACCCACCCUCACGGUUUUAUGGCUUCCUUUUGUGAUUGCGAGAGAAAAGGGGUGGAGUCGCAUGCAGACCAGCAGCUGCAUGGCCGUUUUAUUUUUUUCUAUGGGACGCUGUAUGUGUGUACAAAAGGGAAAAAAACCCCACUGUGUUGCUUUACACCCGUACGUGUUGGAGGACAGCCCCAUUAUGUGCCAUUUCAUCUUUCUGAACAAUGUUGCAUCAGAGUCCCUGCGGAGAUUUGGCAUCUACAUGCUUCUCAUCCAAACUAAUGUUAAAUGGGUUCAGGGUCCACUGGUAGAGGUGUUUAGGGCUGCAACUAACAAUUCUUUUCUUUAUCUGUUAAUUAUUUCCUUUUGUUUGGUCUCUCAGAAAAAAUGCUUAGAAUCCAAGGUGACCUCUUCAAAUGUCUUGCUUCGUCUGAAACCCCAAAUAUAUUUACUAUGAUGUUUAUUAUCACAUAAGACAGGAAAUACUCACAUUUGAGAAUCCAAAGUGCAUUUAUUUGGGAGUAUUCAGCCUUUAAAGCCCCUGAAAACGUGGUUAUUUGUCUAUAAGAUAAAAUAUUCAUGACAAAAUGAGCAAUAAUCAAAGUUAAAGUUGGGUAGUAAAGAAAACUUCCGUAGCUAUUUAUUAGGAGCUUAAAACCUCUCAAGCUUAUGUGCUUCAUCAGGACUGAGGACGUGAUUUGAUCAGAUUGCGUCGUCAUUGUUCGAUUCAAAUGUUGUUAAACUGAUUGGUGCAUGAAAGUAAGUGACCCUUUUCCCUCUGAGCCCCACCCACAUCAAACCAGAGAGAAGAGAACAAAAAAUAUUCAAAUCUCUGAUGUGAAAUAACCAAAACUGUUGUGAGCUCAUGUAGGAUGUCAUUCAUGAUAAGAAGCCUUUAAAGUUCGUCCUCGUUUGUCACGUGACGACUUUUGGGGAUGAUGAAGGAACAGGAACGCUAUAAAAGUUGUAAAAUAAUAUGAAUGAAGAUCAAACAUUCUGGUCUCAUGUCGCUGUCCAGUGAAAAACCUCAAAAUUUUGUGAUUAUGAAUUUUUCAGAUAAAUUGAAGGUUUAAAUGUUCUUUUAUGGGAUGAGAGCGUUCUUCUGCUUCUUAAAGAAUUUUUAAAGUCAGUCUUAAGACGAUACUCAAAUUACUCGUAUGUACAGAUAAUGAGUUGUUGGUCACUGUAAUGGUUUCUUUCGUCCAUACUGGCAGUGAAUCCAGUGUAAGUGAUGUACAAAAUUCUCUUCUUGUGCUAAUAAUUUGCCUUCAAAAGAUUAAAAUUUUGCAAGACACCAACUUUAUUUGUCUAAUUCAGGCUGAUAAAGCCUCAUAUUAACUUUGGCUGAACGUUUGAAUGCAUUUUUUUUAUAUAGAAGGACCACUGCAGAUUCUGUCCCCCAUCUGUUACAUUGGAAUAUCUUCGUGCACAGUAUGAACAAGAGGACUGAUUACAGCACACCUUUGCAGGAGACACAUUGGCGUCUGACUGUAGUUUGUAGAGAAACUUGAGAAAUUGUGAACAUAUUCUUUAAGCUAAAUCAACCAUUUUAAAAUCAAUCUGAAAAAGCCAUCAUCAUAAAAGUAGAAACAGCUGUUUUCCUGAGCUUGUGAAAAGUUAUUCUGAUCAUCUUAAAAUGCAAUAACCUCAGAAUCCCAUUUUGAGAACAUCUUUGCAUAUUAAUUGAGAAAUGUAAACAAUAGGAUCCCUUUAAACUGCCAGAUAUCUGCAGGUGGAGGUUGAUGCGUCUCCUCCCACACAAACAGGAAGAGAUGAGCGGACAUAUUGGGGCUGAUUUGAGGUUUCAGUUUGGAUCGGGAGCGUUUUAGGAUCAGGUUAAUAUUUGUAAUAGUUUCAGUGGGGGUAGGUGUGUCUUCUAUUUUUAUUUUGUCAUUCCAGAAUGAGUCUGCCUUAUUUCCAUACGUUUGGUUGUGAAAAACGGUUGUAAAGCAAUGUGUUUUAUGACGACUAAAUUAAAGUUUUUUAACUGGUAAAAA